AUGGAGGAGAUUCUCAGCAUUCCAGCAUCAGUGAAUUUUGAUGAAUCCAUAGCUAAUUAUGAGAUUCACAGUCAUCAACCAUAUGCAUCCUCAUCGUUUAACAAUAGUGAUGAAAUUCGCAUUAUUGUACAAAAUCAAGAUUUAUCUAUUUUACCAAGCAAUAGUGUAUUACAUAUUUUUAGAAGGUUGACUAAUGCUGAUGGAACUGAUGCCACACAAAAUAUUCAUUUCAUUAACAAUGCGAUAGCCUAUUGGUUUGAUGAAAUUCGUUAUGAAUUGAAUGGUAUUGAGAUUGACCGUUGUAAGUAUGUUGGACAUACAACUACUAUGAAAAGCUUGGUUUCUUUAACACCACCUCAACUUAACCGCGCUGAAAAUGCAGGAGUUUUGAAUGUGGAAUUGAAUACAAGAAUGGCAUUACAAGAUGGAUAUUUUGAUAUAUCAAUACCACUUGGUAUGAUUUUUGGUUUUGAUGAAGAUUAUAAAAAAAUUGUUGUGAAUGCUAAACAUGAACUGAUUUUAAUAAGAGCACGUAGUGAUUUUAAUUCUAUUAUUCAAAUGGGCAAAGGUGCAGAUGAACAGUUCAAAGUGCAAAUUAAUAAAGUGGAAUGGUUAGUGCCAUAUGUUUUACCAUCUGAUAAUAAUAAAAUCAAAUUAUUGAAAUUUAUCGAAAAAGAUCCACUUAUUUUAAUGAGUUUUCGAUCGUGGGAAAUGUUUGAAUAUCCUUUAAUUCCAUCAAGUACAAGAGUCAUGUGUCAAAUAAAAUCGUCAACACAAUUAGAGAAGCCUCGAUAUGUAAUUGUUCGAUUCCAAACAGGAAGAAAAGAUAAACUUGAUGUACGUUUGGAAUUUGAAGCUAGAAAUAAUAUACCUGCUGAAACAACUGCUUAUUGCCUCAUCAUACAUGAUCGCAUUGUACAGCACGGUGAGCUUCGUUUAGGUUCAACCUAA